AUGAAGAACAACUUUCAGCUAAUUACCUCUUGUGUGUUCCUCUUGGUUCUAAGUUUUUCUUUCACUUCUUCAUGGGGAGCAUUAUCCUCCAUUCUUGAUGUCACACCUAAUGGUGGCGAUUUCGUUAACUGUGUUCAAUCAACCUCUAAUAAUUUUACUGCCAUGUCCCAACUCAUUUUUACUUCCGUCAACGCUUCUUUCCUGCCCAUUUGGGGAGCUAGAGUCAACAAUCUUAGAUUCAACACCUCUUCCACUCCUAAACCUUCAAUCAUCGUAACCCCUGACAACGAACUCCAGGUCCGUACGACUCUUCUAUGCAGCAAGAGGUACGGAUACGAGCUGAGGGUCAGGUGUGGUGGUCAUGACUUUGAGGGCCUUUCGUCCAGUGCUGAUGUUCCAUUUGUCAUGCUUGACCUCAACAGAAUGAGAUCCGUAGAUGUUGACGUUGAAAACGCCACCGCAUGGGUCCAAGGUGGGGCCGUGCUUGGUGAACUCUACUACGCUAUUAGUAACAAGACCGAUAGCUUGUAUUUCCCGGCUGGUGUUUGCGCUACGGUGGGUGUUGGUGGGUUCUUAAGCGGAGGUGGCUAUGGAAACCUUAUUAGGAAAUAUGGUACCGGUGGUGAUAACGUUGUUGAUGUUCGGUUCAUGAACGUCAACGGGGUUAUUCAAAAUAGGAAGACGAUGGGCGAAGAUUUGUUUUGGGCGAUUCGUGGUGCUGGUGCUUCUAGUUUUGGAAUUGUUCUUGCAUGGAAACUAAGGCUGGUUCCGGUGCCAGAGUUGGUAACUGUUUUCUUAGUGAACAAAACUUUAGAAGAAGGCGCCACGGAAAUUGUAAACAAAUUCCAAUAUGUCAUACCAAGUGGUGAUCGUGAUUUAAGCAUAAGAGUUUCGAUGUCCAGUGUCUUUAUUGGCAACACUACCUCAAAGACCAUAAGAGUUAUGUUUGAAGGGAUUUAUCAAGGAAGAAUCGAUGCGUUGCUUCCAUUGCUGAACGAAACGCUCCCCGAGCUUAACGUCACAAGGGAGGUUUGCCAAGAAGUGAGAAUGGUCCAGACAUCCCUAGUAUUUGGAGGCUUACCGGCCGACACCCCAAUCGAGGUUCUUCGGUCCCGAAACCCCAGCAUUAGCUUGAACACUAAAAGCAAGCUAGACUAUAUACGAUCACCGAUUCCUAUACAAGGGCUUAGAAAGAUAUGGACAAAGAUGUUUGAAAACGACGGAUCAGAGAUUCUGAUUAUGCACCCUUUUGGAGGAAGGAAUGAUGAGAUUUCAGAGACCGCCAUUCCAUUCCCUCAUAGAGCUGGAGUAUUGUACCAGUUUCACCAAAUGGUUAAUUUUUUCGACCAAGAGUCAGACUCGACGCCAGUAUCACUCAAGCGUAUUCAAUGGAUAAGAUCUUUCAAUGAUCUUAUAGCACCGUAUAUGUCAAGGAACCCACGGGAGGCGUACUCCAACUACAAUGAUCUUGAUUUGGGUUUUGAAGCUGGUUCUUAUGAACAAGCGAGUGUUUGGGGCGAGAGAUACUGGAAAAGACGCAACUUUAAGAAGUUGAUUAGCAUUAAAGCCGUAGUUGAUCCGGAGAAUUUUUUCAAACACCCGCAAAGCAUACCAGUAUUCCCAACAUAUUUAGCGGACAUGUGA